UUUCCUCCACCAUGCACGGUUUCUCAUUCAUGUUCAAAGCCGCCACCCUCUUGGUCCUGGGCCUGCAGCUGGGGAUCAACAAGGCUCAGAAUGACAUAGAGGGUGGAAAGUCAAUUUUAUUUUAUUUAGAUGUUCCGAAAUAUGCAGAGGUAAAUGAAGAGAUCACUGUGAAACUUGGACUUGAAACACAAUAUAACGAAUGUUCGGUGGUCAAAGCUUCCCUUGUAACUAAUGUCCCAAUGGAAGGUAGCUUCAACUAUAAACAAACCCGCUGCCUCUGUAAUGAUCACCGAAUAAACCUGUUCUGGGACUUUCCAGUUAACAAAACUCUCAAUUUUGCAGUAGUGGUUGAAAUUGUUAAGGACAAGAAUAUCUGUCCUAACGACGAGGCAAUGGUGCCCAUCAAAGGAGACCUGUAUUAUAGUUAUCGUAAUGUGUAUGUGUACUAAUGGAAGCCUCUUAUGUGUCUUUCAAAACCAACUCAAUUUUUUAAUUAAAAUUGACUGGAAUAUCCAUGACAAUCUGUUAAAUAAAAUUAUUGUAAGCUGCUCUGC